UUAUUCAAAACAUCUUGAAAAUCAAAAUGAAACGUGGUGUUUUCUGACUAAUAUCAAUUGGAAUAAAUUAUUUAAAUAUUUCUAUAGUUAAUAUGUUUCAAUAGUGAUGGGGGAAAUAAAUAAACAUCCGGAAUGGGAUACCGCAAAAGGCUUAAGAGAACCGAUAAAGACAUUAGAGGACAAAUGGAAACUUGUUCCAUCAUUUCUUCAAAUAAAGGGUUUGGUUAAACAGCAUAUUGAUUCAUUCAAUUAUUUUAUUAAUGUUGAAAUUAAGAAAAUCGUCCAGGCUAAUGAGAAGGUGUUCUGUGAUUCAGAUCCUUUGUUCUACAUUAAAUAUUUGAAUGCCUAUGUGGGAACACCAGACUUAGAAGAAGGUUUCAAUGUAACUAAGCCCACUACUCCUCAUGAGUGUAGACUUAGAGACAUGACAUACUCAGCACCAAUAACAGUUGAUAUUGAAUAUAUUAGAGGGAAUCAAAGAGUAAUUAAAAAUAAACAGUUAAUUGGAAGGAUGCCAUUGAUGUUACGGUCUUCUAAUUGUGUUUUAACAAACAAAUCUGAUUUUGAAUUAUCACAAUUGAAUGAGUGUCCCCAUGACCCUGGUGGUUACUUUAUCAUUAGAGGUCAAGAGAAAGUUAUAUUAAUCCAGGAACAGCUGUCUCGUAACCGAAUGAUUGUAGAUGAAUUUAAAGGAGCAAUUCAAUGUCAAGUUACAAGUUCAACUCACGAAAAGAAAACUAGAACAAAUGUUAUUGUGAAAAAUGGAAAAUAUGUCCUUAGGCACAAUGCCUUAUCUGAUGAUAUUCCAAUAGCAGUGGCCUUUAAAGCUAUGGGUAUUUGUAGUGAUCAAGAAAUAAUGCAGCUUGUGGGUACUGAUGAUGCUAUAGUAAAGAAAAUGGCUCCUUGUGUAAUGGAUUGUCACAAUUUAAAAAUUUUUACUCAAAACCAAGCUUUGUCUUACAUUGGUAGCAAACUUAAAGUGAAACGAUUUCAGACUCCCAAUGCUAAGUUCAGGACUCCUGUUGAUGAAGCUAGAGAUCUUUUAGCAACAACAAUACUUGCUCAUGUGACUGUAGAGAAUUACAACUUUUAUGUGAAAGCUAUUUACUUGGCAAUUAUGGUAAAAAGAGUUAUUGAAGCAGAGAAUAGUAAAGCUGCUAUUGAUGAUCCAGAUUACUAUGGCAAUAAAAGACUUGAGUUAGCUGGGUCAUUAUUGGCUCUAAUGUUUGAAGAUUUGUUUAAAAGGUUCAACUGGGAAUUAAAGUCUAUAGCUGACAAAAUUAUACCCAAAGUAAAAGCAGCACCAUUUGAUGUUGUAAAACAUAUGAGACCAGAUUUAAUUGCUAAUGGCCUCUUUACAGCUAUAUCAAGUGGAAAUUGGACUAUCAAGAGAUUUAAAAUGGAAAGACAUGGAGUCACACAGGUUUUAAGUCGACUCAGUUAUAUUUCAGCUUUGGGUAUGAUGACUAGGGUUAACUCACAGUUUGAGAAAACCAGAAAAGUUUCUGGCCCACGCUCCUUACAACCAUCACAGUGGGGCAUGCUGUGUCCUUCAGAUACCCCUGAAGGGGAGGCAUGUGGCCUUGUUAAGAAUCUGGCACUUAUGACACAUAUAACGACAGAAUGUUCUGAGGAACCUAUAUCAAGAUUGGCUUGUAAUGCUGGUGUGGAGGAUGUCAGACUACUGGGAGGUGAAGAAAUUAAUCAUCCAGCUGUUUAUAUGGUGUUUCUUAAUGGUAAUAUAUUAGGGGUAACUAGACAAUACAAAAAGCUUAUCAAAAUUUUUAGAAUGUUUCGACGCCGCGGCCUAAUAUCAGCAUUUGUUUCCAUUUACCCAAAUCAUAAUCAAAGAACAGUUUAUAUAUGCAGUGAUGGUGGUAGACUGUGCCGGCCAUAUAUUAUAGUAGAAAAAGGCUACCCAUUAGUGCAGCAGUCUCAUAUAAACGAACUCAAUAGAGGCAUUAGGAAGUUCCAAGAUUUCCUUUCAGAUGGUCUUAUUGAAUACUUAGAUGUGAAUGAAGAGAAUGAUAGCCAUAUUGCAACCAUUGAAGCGGAGAUUGAUCCCUAUGUCACUACUCAUCUGGAAGUUGAACCUUUUACAAUUUUGGGUGUCUGUGCUGGCCUUGUACCUUAUCCACAUCACAAUCAGAGUCCUAGAAACACCUACCAGUGUGCUAUGGGCAAACAGGCUAUGGGCACAAUUGGUUAUAAUCAGAAGAAUAGAAUAGACACAUUAAUGUACAAUUUAGUUUAUCCACAAUGUCCCAUGGUAAAAACAAGGACAAUAGAAUUAACAAACUUCGAUAAAUUACCGGCCGGACAGAAUGCGACCGUAGCGGUUAUGAGUUACAGUGGCUAUGAUAUAGAAGACGCUUUGAUUUUAAACAGAGCUUCUAUCGACCGCGGUUAUGGUCGGUGCUUGGUUUAUAAAAGUGCAAAAACGAUAAUGAAGCGAUACAGUAAUCAAACAUCAGAUAGAAUCCUAGGUCCGUCUAGAGAUGCUAAUACAGGAAAAGUUAUAAAAGCGCACGAUGUAUUAGAUACUGAUGGUAUAGCUGCUCCAGGAGAAAUGGUCGAAAAUCGUCAAGUGUUGAUUAAUAAACAAAUGCCUCCAGCUACAUUAAACCCGAUCAGUCAAGGUCAACCACAACAAAUAGACUAUAAAGACGUUCCAAUCACAUAUAAGGGCCCAGUUGAAUCUUACAUCGAAAAAGUGAUGGUGUCUUCAAAUUCUGAAGAUGCGUUUCUUAUUAAAAUAUUACUAAGACAAACUAGAGUGCCAGAAAUAGGUGACAAAUUCAGUUCUCGGCAUGGGCAAAAGGGGGUGACUGGGUUAAUCGUACAACAAGAAGAUAUGCCUUUUAACGAUCGUGGAAUCUGUCCAGAUAUGAUUAUGAAUCCCCAUGGUUUUCCAUCAAGAAUGACCGUUGGCAAAACUAUCGAACUUCUAGCAGGCAAAGCUGGAUUGAUGGAGGGAAAGUUUCAUUACGGUACGGCAUUCGGUGGAUCUAAAGUUCGAGAUGUAUGCGGAGAGUUAGAAAAGCACGGUUAUAAUUACCACGGGAAGGACAUAUUCUACUCGGGCAUAACAGGGGAGCCACUGGAGGCGUAUAUCUACUCCGGGCCUGUUUACUACCAGAAGCUGAAACACAUGGUGCAGGACAAGAUGCACGCGCGCGCUCGCGGACCUCGCGCCGUGCUCACGCGACAGCCCACCGAGGGACGCUCGCGCGACGGCGGCCUGCGCCUCGGGGAGAUGGAGCGAGACUGUCUCAUCGGCUACGGUGCUAGCAUGCUGCUAAUGGAGCGACUGAUGCUGGCGUCGGACGCGUUCAGCGCAGACAUCUGCGGCGCGUGCGGGCGGCUGGCGAGCCGCGCGUGGUGCCACGCGUGCCGCUCCUCCGCUGCUGUGUCCGCCGUAGAGAUGCCCUAUGCAUGCAAGCUGCUCUUCCAGGAGCUAGCCGCAAUGAACAUUGUCCCUAAGCUCACCCUCAAGAAAUACUGUUAGGGUUGAAAGAUUUAAUUUAAUCAAUAUUUAAUCUUCAAAUAAUCUGUGAAAAUAAUUAAUGCUAAGUCUUAAC